UAAUUUUGUAAACAGUUCAUGCGAAAACAAAGUUGAUUUUAACAGUGCAGGCUUUCAUAUCUGAGCUAAUAUAAUUCGAGAUUUUGCGGAGGACGAGAACAUUUGAUUUCACCACUCGAACUACUAAUCAAUUUAUCUCAUGAGAUUUCUUUCGUCAAAGUAAUGAUCUCUGCUAGUAUUCUCGUGACAUUCCUGUAUCUCGAAGUAGCGAAAAUCUUUAUAGUGCAAGAAACGUUUGCUCUUCAAACUCUUCAUAUUGGCGGCUUCUUUCCCUUCACUGGAUUGUCUAAUGGAAGCAAGAGCUCAAUGAAAGGCGAGUUUAUUCGGGCUGCCGUUUCCAUGGCCAUAGAAGAUGUGGAAAAACAAAAAGUCUUACCGAAUGGCUAUAGCUUACAACUUCACGCAAAUGAUACAAAGUGCAGAAUGGACCAUGCCUCUCGCGCUCUUUUUGAAAUGAUUAACAAAGAACCAACAAUGAUAGCUUUACUUGGAGCGGGGUGUUCUGCGGUGUCAGAGAGAAUUGCGGAGGACUCAAAGACCUGGAAUCUUAUCAUGGUAUCCUAUGGAUCAACGUCUCCAACCUUAUCAAAGAAACAGAAAUAUCCUUUGUUCUUUCGAACAAUACCAUCUGACGCUGCGUGUAAUAAGGCUCGUGUGGCCCUUCUAAGAAAAUUCAACUGGUUAAAAGUUGGACUGAUAGGGCAGAAUGAUAUUAUUAACUCUGAGACUACUGCUGACCUACAAGAAGAACUGGCCAACGCAGAUAUUCAGAUCCUUACGUCAGAGACCUUUGUAGAUGAUCCCACUGCCCAAGUGAAGAGCUUAUCGGAGAAAGAAGCCAGAAUAAUUCUUGGAAAUUUUGAUGAGAAAAGUGCAAGAAAGGUUUUAUGUCAGGCGUUUCAAAACGAGAUGUAUGGUGCUCGCUAUGCUUGGCUUAUACCAGGCUGGUUUAGUGAGAACUGGUGGAAGAAACAUUUAGACGAAGAGUCCAUAGGAUGUACCGUAGAACAGAUGAAUAAAGCUGUAAAUGGAUACAUCUCCUGCGACAACUUAAAGAUCAAUCCAGACAACACCACUACAGUAUCUGGACAAUCUCCUGGGCAGCUAAGUUCUCGGUACCAAAACAUCACUAAGAAGGAAUUGUCGAAGACUGAUGGUGGAUUUGCAUACGACGCGGUUUGGGCCAUCGCAUUGGCUCUGAAUAUGACCGAGGAACAUCUCAGAAGAUUAAAUCCUCCCCAGUCCAUAGUCAAUUUCACUUAUGUUAAUGAAGAUAUCAUGAAGCAAUUCAAGAGUUAUUUGAAUAAAACCCAAUUCCAAGGUCUCACAGGACCGGUGCAAUUUACAUCCAGAGGAGAUCGCAUGGGUUACAUGAAGAUUGAGCAGCUACAAGAUUGGAAGGAAAGUACUGUCUCUUUAUAUCUGCAACAAAAUGAUAGCAUCCUCGACGUCCCUGCAUCUAGAUUUAUCUGGCAAGGAACUGGUCCACCAUCUGAUAGUGCCAGGCUCGUAUGUAAGUUGAUGACCAUAUCGCCUGAGCUGUAUGGAGUUGUGUGUGCAAUCACUGUUCUUUGUAUUAUCCUGGUAGUUUGCUUCCUGGGUUUUAACAUCAAACUUCGGAAUUACAGGUACAUUCAGAUGUCGAGCCCUCGUCUUAAUAACACCAUUGUUAUAGGAUGUAUCGCUAUGUAUCUAUCAGUAUUUAUGUUUGGAUUGGAUGGUAACCUGAUAUCACCUGAUCGAUAUUCUAGUAAUUGCCAGGCAAGAAUAUGGCUGACUUCACUUGGUUUCACCACCGCAUUUGGCGCCAUGUUUGCCAAAUUAUGGAGAGUUUACGUCAUAUUCACCAACCGUAAAUUAAGGAAAAAGGUUAUCAAAGAUGGAAAACUUUUCAUGUUUGUUGGUGCUCUGCUGUUGGUCGAUGUUUUAACCCUCAGCGUUUGGAGUGGAGCGGACCAUCUGACAAGAAGGCUACAAAAUGGCACCAUUGAGCAUGGAAUAGAGUACGACACAUUGCCUCAGUGGGAAUACUGUGACUGCCAGCACAAGGCAAUAUGGUUUGGUGUUUUAUUUGCCACUAAAGGCCUGCUACUUUUGUUUGGAGUGUUCCUCGCGUGGGAGACUCGACACGUGAAAAUUCCCGCCCUAAACGACUCGCGCUAUGUUGGAAUGUCUGUGUACAACGUUGUCAUCUUGAGUGUGGUUGGUGUCCCUGCUGCAUUGAUGAUCGAGCAUGCGCAGGAUGCUUCUUUCGCCCUCACGGCGUUCUUCGUUAUCUUCUCAACUACAGUGACGUUGUGCUUAGUAUUUGUUCCAAAGUUCAUAGCAGUGAAACGAAAUCCGAAUGUUUUGGACACAAGUGGUGCAACGAACACAUCCGCGAGUCAAAGCAGCGGUGAGUCAUCAACCUCACAAGAUAAAGGAAUAAAAGGGGCCAAGUUCAUCGCCUUAGCUGCCGAGAAUUCCAACCUCAAGACCCUGGUAGCUGAGAAAGAAGAGGAGAUAUCUCAACUAGAGAUCCGUUUGAGAAGACGAGGGGUAACAAUAACAGAGCUACGGAGAAUAUCAAUGGCUGCACGACAUUCGGAUGCUAUACCAGAGUUGACUCCCACUUUGCUCAUCAGAGGUGAUAGGGACGACGGUGGAAGUUUUCAUAUUGAUAAAGCGCAGAGCACGGAUGAUGUAUCCGACUCUAAAUCUGCAGAUAAACCUGACCAGGAACCAUUUUCACCGAAAAAACGAUAUUCCCCAUCGUCUUCCUAUGUCGACCAAGGUGUUCUUUUAGGUAACGAUGUGACGAAGGCAAACAGCGCCAUAGCAAAGAAGUACUCCUUGCCCACACGGGCUAGAAAAGAUGUUUCUCAAAUCGAGACUAGGACCAGGACCCGCUCAGCUGACAACGAAGUUCAUGAAGCUUACGAGAACCCGGCGAUCUUUACGGAAACAAACGACGAAUCCACGAGCGUUCCUCGAAGGAAACUAUCUAGGAAUAACCGAAUGGAGAGUCCCUUUUAUACAGAACCCUCGACAACGGCUUCCUCGCCACCCCUCCCCUCUGUGAAAUCACGAUACACUAAGCCUAAGAAAGGAGAUACCCCGGAUGUGAAUGCAACUGCAUCACCAAUUGUUAAGGGAGAACUGCAACGCAAAGGAAGUGUUGUUCUUGUGUCCAAGUCGCAAACCGGUGAAACCUGUUUUCAAGUGAAAACUCCGGCAGAGUUUAAGCCAAAGACAGAGAAAGAUAAAAUAAGAAAAUCCAUUGAGUAUAACGUAUAAUUUGCAGUAACCGUUUUAACAUAUGUUUCUGAUAUUUGUGUAAAGAUAUUUAAUAUAGUUUUAUGAUUUUUUUCUUAUACAAGGCGGUGUCAUAAUGUUCAGGAAUUUUUCUUUGAGGUCCUAGAGAUUUUAACCCUUUAACUCCCAUGAGUGACCAAGACAGAAUUUCUCCCC